AAUCUUCGAUCGUCAAUAACGAGUGCAGGUGGGCGGCGAGUAUUAUCGAGGCAGGUUUGCGUUGUUGUGGUGGUGGUGGUGGUGGUGCUGCGGCGGUCGUAUAGUCGUGGGCGAAUAUAUGUAGAUGUAUGCGGGCUGGCGGGAGUUUGGUUGGGGACGUCUUUUUGGUGUUAUAUGGGUUUGGUAGAAUCCGGGCAAAAGAAGGGUUGCCGAGGGGGGGGACGGUAACUUAUACUGGGGGGGGGUGCGUGAGCGAGGGCGCGGGCGUGGGUUCAGGUUCAGGUUCAGGUUCAGGUUCGGUUCAGGGCUGCCAGGGCUUAAGGCUUCCAAGGGCAGCAGGCACUCGCUCGCUCAGCUCACAGGCCCGUACAGAUGGAGUAUACGUAGCGAUUGCGAGCGUGGGAGAGUGUGGAGCCUUGGGGGGUCGGUGGGAGAGAGCGAGGGAGAGACUGGGAGUGGCUUGGGGCGGAUGUGGAUUGGGGAUGUGGAUGGUGGAUGAUGGGAUGGGAAGGCUUGGUGUGUUGUCUGGUCUGCCGUGCUUGGGGUGUGUCAGUACUCGAAAAAUAUGGCCUAGCUGGGCAGCAAAAAAUAAUAAUAUUUAUAGCGUGGAGGAUUAGCGUGCAAGACCUACCUCCCUAGGGAGAAAGGGGCCUGCGGGCACUGGGAAUGGGACUGGACCUCGACUCCACUGGAGACGGUAUGGCGGAGACUGACCAGGGUGCGCAGGGAUUACUUUGGGGCCGACGAUGGGGAUGUGAGAUGCUGCUCCUACUGCCGCUGAGGAGGAGGAGGUGAGAAAGAUGAGAGGAGGGGAUAGGAUGAGAUGAUGA